GACGCACAAGCAGAAAUAUCUCAGAAGGACAUCUAAUGGUAUCCCAGGAUUCUGAAAUAACAGAUAAUGACAGUAGACAGGAUUCUCCAGGAGAUAAUCCCAUUACCCCAAUUAUACAUCCAGCUCUAUCAGCUGAUCCCCCUGAUUCUGGGAAAUGUUCUCCUGAUCACUCUGAUAUUGGUGCAUCUGUUACAGCUCUGACAGUAGAUACAGAGUUUCCCUGUUCUGUAGAUGCCAAAUGUUUUACACAGAACACAAAGCUUAUUACCCAUCAUCCAGCUAAGGCAGGUGAGAUGCCACUGAUAUGUUCUGAAUGUGGGAAAUGUUUUGCAUGCAACUCAAAUCUUGCUACACAUCAGAGAAGUCACUCAGGUGAGAAGCUGUUUUCCUGUUCUGAGUGUGGAAAAUGUUUUGCACUUAAAUCAGUUCUUGUUACACAUCAGAGAAGUCACACAGGUGAGAAGCCGUUUUCCUGUUCUGAGUGUGGGAAAUGUUUUACACAGAAAUCAGCUCUUGUUACACAUCAGAGUAGUCACACAGGUGAGAAGCCAUGUUCCUGUUCUGAGUGUAGGAAAUGUUUUCCACGGAAAUCAGCUCUUGUUGCACAUCAGAGAAGUCACUCAGGUGAGAAGUUGUUUUCCUGUUCUGAGUGUGGGAAAUGUUUCGCAUUUAAAUCAGUUCUUGUUAGACAUCAGAGAAGUCACUCAGGUGAGAAGCCGUUUUCCUGUUCUGAGUGUGGGAAAUGUUUUGCAUUCAAAUCACAUUUUGAUAUUCAUCAGCAUACUCACACAGAUGAGAAGCCGUAUUCCUGUUCUGAGUGUAGGAAAUGUUUUGCACGGAAAUCAGAUCUUGUUACACAUCAGAGAAGUCACACAGGUGAGAAGCCGUUUUCCUGUUCUGAGUGUGGGAAAUGUUUUGCAUUCAAAUCACAUUUUGUUAUUCAUCAGCAUACUCACACAGGUGAAAAGCCAUUUCCAUGUUCUGAGUGUGGGAAAUGUUUUGCACGGAAAUCAGAUCUUGUUAAACAUCAGAGAAGUCACACAGGUGAGAAGCCGUAUUCCUGUUCUGAGUGUGGGAAAUGUUUUAUACAGAAAUCAGUUCUCGUUACACAUCAGAGUAGUCACACAGGUGAGAAGCCAUUUUCCUGUUCUGAGUGUAGGAAAUGUUUUCCACGGAAAUCAGAUCUUGUUGCACAUCAGAGAAGUCACACAGGUGAGAGGCCAUUUCCAUGUUAUGAGUGUGGGAAAUGUUUUACACAUAAAUCAGCUCUUGUUAGACAUCAGAGAAGUCACACAGGUGAGAAGCCAUACUUCUGUUCUGAGUGUGGGAAAUGUUUUGCACGGAAAUCACAUCUUGUUCUACAUCAGAGAAGUCACACAGGUGUGAAGCCGUAUUCCUGUUCUGUGUGUGGGAAAUGUUUUCCACAGAAAUCAGUUCUUGUUACACAUCAGAGAAGUCACACAGGUGAGAAGCCGUAUUCCUGUUCUGUGUGUGGGAAAUGUUUUACACAGAAAUCAGCUCUUGUUACACAUCAGAGAAGUCACACAGGUGAGAAGCCGUUUUCCUGUUCUGAGUGUGGGAAAUGUUUUGCAUUCAAAUCACAUUUUGUUAUUCAUCAGCAUACUCACACAGGUGAAAAGCCAUUUCCAUGUUCUGAGUGUGGGAAAUGUUUUGCACGGAAAUCAGAUCUUGUUAAACAUCAGAGAAGUCACACAGGUGAGAAGCCGUAUUCCUGUUCUGAGUGUGGGAAAUGUUUCGCAUUUAAAUCAGUUCUUGUUAGACAUCAGAGAAGUCACACAGGUGAGAAGCCGUAUUCCUGUUCUGAGUGUGGGAAAUGUUUUGCAUUCAAAUCACAUUUUGUUAUUCAUCAGCAUACUCACACAGGUGAAAAGCCAUUUCCAUGUUCUGAGUGUGGGAAAUGUUUUGCACGGAAAUCAGAUCUUGUUAAACAUCAGAGAAGUCACACAGGUGAGAAGCUGUUUUCCUGUUCUGAGUGUGGGAAAUAUUUUGCAUUUAAAUCAGUUCUUGUUACACAUCAGAGAAGUCACACAGGUGAGAAGCCGUUUUCCUGUUCUGAGUGUGGGAAAUGUUUUACACAGAAAUCAGCUCUUGUUACACAUCAGAGUAGUCACACAGGUGAGAAGCCAUUUUCCUGUUCUGAGUGUAGGAAAUGUUUUGCACGGAAAUCAGCUCUUGUUACACAUCAGAGAAGUCACACAGGUGAGAAGCCAUAUUCCUGUUCUGUGUGUGGGAAAUGUUUUGCAUAUAAAUCAAAUCUUGUUACACAUCAGAGAAGUCACACAGGUGAGAAGCCAUUUUCAUGCUGUGAGAGAAAUAAAUCCGCUCUUGUUGAACAUAUUAGACAUUACCCAAAUACGGAACCAUUUACAUCUUCUGGAGUAUAAUUAUCACUGUCAUGCAAUGUUCCUCAAGGGUCAACCUUAUCUCCUAUGCUUUAUUCAAUAUAAAUGCUACCACUGGGUGAUAUAAUAAGACGUCUUGGCCUGGUCUACCACUGCUAUGCAGAUGACCUGCUUUUUGCUCCAUGUACUGAGAACCUAAUACCAAUCCUAAACGGUUGUCUAGCUGAGCGCCAGGGGUGGAUGAUGCCAGUUGGCUGUGACUCAGUCUUUGUGAAACAUCAUAGAAGCUCACCAACAAAGGACAAGACUUUACCAACCAUCUGGAUUUAUGCUUUGGUGUACAGAAUUGAAAAUACUGAACAUGUGCUGAAUCUUUGUGUUGUCCUGGUAUGUGGCUGACACAGACAUCAGGUAUCUGCCACAUACAAAUCCUCAUUCUUCCAUCUGUGGACCAUAGCCAGAAUCAAGCACUUGAUUCCCUCAGAAGUUCAUAGACUACUGCAAUGCCAUCUACCUGGGUCUCCCAGCAAAAGAAUUACAGAGCUUGCAGCUAGUACAGAAUGCAGCAGCAAAGCUGUUACCUAACCAGCCCGUUCCUGCCUCAUAACACCCAUUCUCUACUCCCUUCACUGGCUGCCUGUAAGAUGACAAAUCUAUUUCAUAAUUGGCUAACUGACUUUCCCAGCUCAACAUUACAUGGUCCACGGUACUAGAAGCAGCUUCUGCCUCCUUACUGCCCUGCUUGCUUGCUUCUACAGAUGGACUGUUACCAGCAGUACCAAGAAUCUCCUGUCAUUCAUUUAUGGGUUGAAUGUUUAGCUUUGUAGCCCUGACCAUGGAACUCACUGCCUUGCACAGUCCAAGAGGCCUGCACUCUAGAGACCUUCACAAGCAGACUGAUGACUGUUACUCACGCUUUUCAUUAAUGUACCUCUAUUUCUCAUACGUCCUAGAGGAUGCUGGGGAUUCCAAAAGGACCAUGGGGUAUAGACGCAUCCGCAGGAG